ACACACACACACACACACACACACACACACACACACACACACACACACACACACACACACACACACACACAAACACACUCACUCACAGGAUGGCUGCCGUCUCAGCUAACUGCUGUCGAGCGUCUCAGACCUUCAUCGUCUUCUUCGUCCUGUCAGUGGGACAGUUUCCGUCCGUUUCCUGUUUCAAGGUGCCGGAGGGGGGCGUGGCCUCUCUGUCCUGCCAGUACUCGGUGAAGCGGUUCGGCCUCAGCCGGGUCUGCUGGGGCCGCGGCUGCGGGACCUUCUGGUGCAGCAACAUCCUGGUGCAGACGGACGAGAACGGCGUCAUCUCCAAGGUGGCCGACCGGUACCGGCUGACGGGGGACGUCCUGGACGGACAGAUGGAUCUGGACAUCCUGAACGUGAGGCGGACGGACAGCGGGCCGUACUGCUGCAGGGUGGACAUCGACGGCAUCUUCAACGACAAGAAGGUGAUCAUGAACCUGCGAGUGGUCAAAGCUUCAGUCACCAGUUCUCCUCCUCCUCCUCCAACAACCACGACCGCGGAUCGAGUGACGGAGCCGUCGGCCUCCACAGUGAACUGGAAAACGCUGCUGUCGUCUCAGCUGGACCUCCUGAGGAGGAACUCCACCCUGCUGCGCUCCGACACCAUCACCGUGGAGGACUCUCUACCCUCUCUCUCCCUUCAGAUCAACGUUCCCGUCCUCUCGCUCUCCCUCAGUGUGUUGUUGAUCUUGGCGGCAGUUUUCCUCUUUCUGGCCUUCAAACGUGGAGCGUACAGACGAGCCUUGAAGAGCGGCUGUCUUUCCUCUGAAGAACCUCCUCACAUCAUCUAUGAGAUCCGGAUGAGGAGGCCGGUCCAGGAGAACAUCUACACCCUGGACUAGAGAGCCACGCCCACACCUGGACCACAACUCUCUCACUGUCUCACACACACACACACACACACACACACACACACACACACACACACACACACACACACACA